AUGGGUAAGAGUUCAAAGAGUGCCUGUGGGCAUCUCAUGGAUGUGAUCGCAAACAAACUUUCAACGACCCAUUUUUCAAACCAUUUUUGUUGUAUUUAUCAUAUCAUAUCAUAA